AAUAUUUGCUUUCUAAUGUUGGUAAUAAACAUAUGGAAAGUGGCAAGAAGAAAAGAAAUUGUUUCUCGUAUUUUGUGUAAAAUGAGAAUGUUGAAUAAUUUUGAACAAUCAAAUGGCAGAUUCGUUUUUUGAAUUCGAUACUUCGCUAAAGGCAAGCUUGGACCCAAAUAACGGUGAACCUCUUUUACCAGACGACGACGAUGACGAUGGUUAUGAGAAUGAAGAAGCAUAUGAUGCUUUAAAUGAUGAAACGUUUGGGACAUGUGAACAAUCCACUUUGGACGAUUGGGAGCAGCAGCAUGAGCAGUUUGCGGAAAUUAAAGAAAGUUCACGGCUUAGUGAUAAAAUCGAAAACUCUAUAUCACAGUUAGUAUUAGAUAAAUCGCCUGAGAAAGAGCUACUGAUCUUUCCAAAAAAUGAUUCAGUUUGGGCCUACAAUCCAACUCACACAAAUGGAGACUCUUAUAACGACUCCACAGUACUUUCGUCUUUGCAAAAAGCGUCGAAAUCCUUUAUUGAGUCACACACACAAAUUCCUUCAUUUUCCUACUUGAACAAUCAAAUACCCAGUGGUAUAUCACCAUUAGGAUUUCCGAGUAAACCUGCGAAAAUAUGCACAGUUGAGGAGCUAGAAAAGAAUUUAAUUAAAAAUUCCCGUCAAAAUGCACAAUUGCAAGGACCAGAACCAAAGCGAAAAGAUCCGCCGGUCAUUUCGCAACCAACUCACAUGCUGCCGAAUCAACUCAAUAUGCAGCAACAGGUUCCGGGACCGCAGAGGCCUUUCAUGCAAUUUCCCCACCAUCCAGUUCAUCCUUAUCACCCUCUGUUGCAGCAUCCCAAUUCGAGGUUACCGCCCCCCGGGUUGCCGCCUUUAAAUGUUCCUCCUCCAAAUUUAAGACAUAUUGGUCCCCCUCUAAACGGGCCGCGACAUAUAGUAAUGCCGCCAGGAUACAGAAUGAUUCCUCCGCAUCCUCACCUGAUGCCGCCCAAUGGGCCUCCUGGAUACAUUUAUCCCAUACACAUGAAUCAUAUUCCUUACAACUAUCCACCGCCUCCACAUAUGACGGUUCCAAUGCCUGGACAGCAAAACAUGAAUCCACCAAGGCAAAUGCUACAACAGCAAUUUUCACCAAUGACGGGUUCCCAGCAGCAGAAUCACAGCAUGCGAAAUGAUGCGGGUGGAACUUAUCGUUUACUCUCAAAUAAAGAACAUCACAAUGGCCAGGUUAGAGACGAUUAUGCAGGAUUAAUGACACCGAAAGAUAAACAGUGGUUGCUAAAUAUUCAAAUGAUGCAAGUUAAUACUGGGACUCCAUAUUUCGACGAUUAUUAUUACACAAUUUACAAAGAAAGGAAGUCAAAAUCAAUAAAGGAACAUCCGAUUGAUUCUGAGCGAAAUAGCGGCAGAUUUCAAAAUAACGGCAGGCAAAGGCGUAACAGCGAAAGGCAGGAUGGAAACAAUCUUACACCAAGGGUAUACACUGUAUUGCAAUUUGAAAAUUCUCUAGGAAAGUUGCAAUGCGGCUCCGUCACUGCACCCAGAAAGAUUAUAGAUAUGGAGGUAAUGCAGUCUGACAAAGAGCAAGACAUUCCUCCACCUUCAAAGGAUUCAAAGAAAACCAAGCAAUAUCUUCUGGAAAUAGAGGCAUUAUAUUCGUUGCUGUUAAAGGCCGAAGACAUCAACAAUCCCAUGUACGUCAACAACAUGGAAAAAUACAGGGAAAUGAAACAAAAACAGAGAUUAAGAGAACUGGAACAGGCACCAACGCCAGAACAAAAACAGGAAGUUCUCAGGCUGUUUAAACAAGAAGCCAAUGAACCCAUAACGGAAAACAAGCUCGAUUAUAUCCUGAAAAUAUGUUCUGGCUUUUUCCAGGAGGAAAAAAUUUCCAGCUUCUUAAAUAUCAGAAAGGGAAAGAUGUUUCUCUUAAGACUGCUGCCACACCUUUCAGUUGAUCUAUUUAGCAUUCAACUUCAAGAAAUAUGGACCAAAGUGUUACUGAGCUUACCAGUAAUAGGACGCAGAGAUACUGCUGGUGACAAUAUUUUGCCAAAGCUUUAUCCGUAUUUCAAGCAGUAUGUUCAAACGUGCACAAUGGAAGACAUCAUUGACUUAAUUACCGGACUGAUGGAAGAAGUAAAGCUGGAAAAUAACAGAAGCACGCCACUUGGACAUGCAGGAAAAGCACCGCUUUAUUUUGUAGUGUUAAAUAAGCUUGGGGUGUCCGCAUUGGUAAUUCUCUCAAUACGAGUGCACACGAUUAUGUUCACAACAGAGCCGACAGAAGAACAACUAAGCAUCUGGUUGAAUUUUCUCAUCGCUUGGGCAAAGCAUUCGGUAAGUGUGAGCAGAGUGGCAGUACCUCUAGAAGCGAUUCCUUCAGACGUUUUCGCUAAGCAUGUUGAGCGAUUUGCGCAAUUGCCAUCUGAUAGGAAAGCUGCACUGGAGAAAUUCUUCGUGGAUGUUCAUAUUAACUAGAGAAUGGCAGAAAACUUUUGACUAGAAUGGAUUUUGCAAAUUUAUCAAACGACUGUUGAAAACUUUCUGUGAGUUUCUGAUUGACUUGUUUUCAACCGUAAUAUUCCACGUCUUGAGUAUUGCAAAGGGAUCAGGUGAUUGAUUGCUGAUCCAGAUUAAUUGCAUGAAAACUUCGAUUCGGAUGUUUUAAUUACUAUUCUAAAUUUGAGUUCGUCUUUUUAGAAUUCAACUGAUCUGUUUUAGCACAUUAAUUUUCGGGUGGAAUUCAAAACUAAUACUUAUUUUUUGGGUGAAGUAUGUUGUAUCGUUUCAAUUGAAAACUCUGAUGCAAGAAGGGGAUAAGUCGCAGUUAUUUGCCAGAGAGGCAAAGAACAUUUUUCAAAUUAGUUUUAAUGUUGCUGAAGGCUUACUAUGUCUAUGAUUUGGUAGCUAUUCAUCCGGUUUCGCUCCAUAGUGAAAUAACAUAUUCGGUUACCUAUAGGCAGAAUAAUAAUUUUUUAAAAUUUUGCACUUAUCCCCUUCUUGCAUCACACUCUUCAAUUGUUCCACUUAAAGGACCAAAUUUUUUGUACAAUUAAAAAUUUUCAGCUACGCUCGUCUAUUUCGUUCUUUAUUUUAUCGCGUUCUGUUUACACGUUUUAAAUAAUUUUGUUAUCAAACCAAUUAAAGUAAAAUUAGGAUUGUGCGUAAUUUUAGUUGACAUGAAUGUUAAGAUCCACUGACCUACACGCUUAGUUCUUGACUAUCGAGAUUAAUAAAAUUUAAUUGCCACAAUAAUUGUUAUAAAAGCAAUGUUAAAGUAAAUUCAUUCAACACAUGUUCGUUUUAUGGAUGUGUUGCUUUAGUUUCGCGCGUUAAAGACCUAAAUGUAGGUUCAAUGUGUUUACAAAAAUUGUUGUAAAUUAACGUAUCUUCCGUAACAAAACGUAAAAUGUAUUGUUCUGUUUUGCGAUGCACAUUUUAACUAAUUUGAAUCUGUUUUAAAUUGUUGUAUUACACAUUGUGGUUUCGUUAAUUGAUUUUUAUGUAGAUACAUGAAGGAAAUGUGAUUUUACUUAUUAUUAAUAUCAGUACUAAUUAACGUUUUAAGCUUGAAUCGUCACACUAAGCCCGAUUCAAUCAUGUGUGAAUUGUUUAUAGAAAUAGUAGAUACUUAAAAAAAUAUGGCAAAUUUAAGAUUUUUGAUAGAACGAAUUCCUAUAAAUAUGAAUGGGCUUUUGCAUCUCCAGGCCGUGAAGUUAUAUGUUUCUAGUAUCGGCAUGGAGACUCCUUUUAUUUGUAUUUUUAUAAGACUAUAUAUUUAAUUUCAGGUCAUUUCAAAGAUAUCAAAAUAUGUUGAAAUGAUAUCAUUCUAUGUAUGGUUUUUCGAAUUAGUAGAUAGAACUAAACUACAAUGUCUGAAUAGAUAAUAAAACAAUUGAGUAGAUUCGAUAAUUAUAAAUAAAAUAUUGCGUUUGGAGUAUAAUACAAGUUUUGGGUUAUUGACAUCGACAACGCUACACCUAUGUAUUGCUGAAUAUAUCUUUAAUAUUCUUAAUACUGUUUUCAACAUAUACAGUGCAAGUUUUAUCUUAACUGUAUAAAACUAAAGCUUUGAAGAUAUAAAUACAAAAGGCGUUAUAAUUGAUGUACAUCAGCGUCUUUAAGACGCGAUAUUUUAAAUAAUAAAUAAAAUUCAUGCAACUGAGUAUAA